UACCUGCGCGACUGGGAGAUGCAGGUGCACUUCAAGAUCCACGGGCAAGGCAAGAAGAACCUCAACGGCGACGGCUUUGCCAUCUGGUACACCAAGGACCGCAUGCAGACAGGCCCUGUCUUCGGGAGCAAGGACAACUUCCUGGGCCUGGGAGUGUUUGUGGACACCUACCCGAACGAGGAGAAGCAGCAGGAGGCUCAGAAGAGGAGGUACAGCCCCGGAAAUCAGCGCGUCUUCCCCUACAUCUCGGCCAUGGUCAAUAACGGCUCGCUCACGUACGACCACGACCGCGACGGGAGGCCCACGGAGCUGGGCGGCUGCACGGCCAUGGUGCGCAACCUGGACCACGACACCUUCCUGGUGAUCCGCUACGUCAAGAGGAGGCUCACGGUGAUGAUCGAUAUCGACGGGAAGCACGAGUGGCGGGACUGCAUCGACGUGCCGGGCGUGCGCCUGCCCCGUGGCUACUACUUCGGGACCUCGUCUGUCACCGGAGACCUGUCAGACAACCACGACAUCAUCUCGCUGAAGCUUUUCCAGCUGACGGUGGAGCGGACGCCGGAGGAGGAGAAGCGCGACAGGGAGGUCUUCCUGCCCGUGGUCGACAACCUGAGGCUGCCGGGACUGGAGGCCCCGCUGGAACCCAUGAGCGGCCUGGCUCUCUUCUUGAUCGUCUUCUUCUCCCUCGUCGCCUUGGUUUUUGCCAUCGUCAUUGGUGUCAUCGUCUACAACAAGUGGCAGGAGCAGAGCCGGAAACACUUCUAUUGACUCGGGAAGCUGCCCGGGAUGCCCUGCGCUUCAUCUCUGCCCGCUGCAUCCCGGCUCCCAUCAUCCCGGGCUGGCAUGGUGUGAUGGACCCAGCGGGGGCGGCUGCUGUUUCUUAUCCGGCUCCGGGCCUCCCGCAGUGCUCCCUGUGGGAAUGGUGAUCCCAGCACAGCGCGUGGCGUCUCAGGAGUCGAGCGUGUUCCGUCCGGAGCGGGCUGCUUCAGGAGCCGCCCACAGGACGGACGGGGCUCCGGGGUGGCACCAAGCUGCUUCCCAGCGCCCCGGGGAACCUGACCGUGGGCAGAACUCGCCCCCUCGGCCGCGAACGCUGCCCAGAGUCCCCGCGGCUCCCUGGGGCCGCUCACGUGCCCCUUUUCCUCGCCACGCUGGGAUGGUGACACCUUGCCGUGGCCUGGCCCAAGCUGUUACGUUCCCAAGUGGGAUUUGUCACCUCAGUGUCCCCAAGCCCCCUAUACCCCUGAGCUUUUAACCCUGUGAGGGCGACUUUCCAGCAGCGGCCUCACAGCCCGGACUAGUACGGCGGCCUCCGCGCGGGCCCAGCCUCCGCGCCCCUUGCAUGUCGUGUUGUGGCUCGUGGCGGGCGCGCGGGGCUGCACCCACGGCCGGGCACUGGUGCCAGCCCCGUGGAAGGGGCGGCCUGGGGCUCCGUGCAGAGCUGCGGCUCCCGCUGCCCUUUGCGGAGCCGCGGGUUAUUCCUACCUCAGGGACUGCUUUGUUUCUUAGUUUGGGGAGGGACGGGGCUGUUCCUCCCGUCAGCGCUGGUGGCUGCGGUUCUGGGAUCCCCCCGCUCCCCGUGGAGCAGCCUGCCCUGCACCGGGGUGUCCCGGCCGCCUUGGGGACGUGGUGGCUUUGGGCUCCCGUGGAG